CGUUAAUUAGUUUGGUUUCGUUUUUCUCUUGUUGAAAUUCAGUACAAUGUGGCUCUCAGGCAAACACGCGACGCAGCUGCAGGGUGCUUCCUCGUUAUGUCGUGAGAAAUGCUACACGUGUGAUCCGGUGCAACCGAGCAUGCUUCUCUUUCCACUACGGUCACCUCAAGGUUUUCUUUCUCACUGAUUAACUUCAGCACAGAUGUCAUCAACAACGACCGAUCUUCCUCAUACCUGUCCUAUAUGUGGAUGCUCCAUGAAAACGACGUUUUCACGUCAUGAACGUUCACCCCUUAUCUCAGAGCUGCUGAGAUGCAACGAUCCUUCGUCGGACGUCGAUCUCUCUGAUUUCCAGAACACCGUCAGGAGCGGGCCUAGGUGUCUCGCCGACCUUGAUGAGAAGAUCGCGCAGGCCAAGGAGCACCUUAAAACGUUAAUUCGCCAGCGUAGCGUUCUUGAAACAAACAUCGAUGAUGCCAGAACGCUAUCUUCUCCUAUACGAAGGAUACCAUCUGAUGUGGUCCGCGCCAUCGUUCUCGAGACGAUCCCCUCCUCAUACGAGGUUAUGAAUUCCACCGUGCAGCGAAAUAGCCUUGAUAACAGUGAAUCGCCCUGGACGUUGGCACAGGUCUCUCAUAGGUGGAGGUUAGCCAUUGUGAAAGCACCGGAAGUGUGGUCAUCCAUGUCACUAGUGAUCAACCACGAUGAAAAAACCCCUCUAGUCGCUCGUCAGAUGUUUAUGACGGGAGUACGACUCGAGAGAUCUCACCGUUUCCCUCUUACUGUGUCGCUUUCAAGUUGUGCCGAUGUAGACAUUUCUAACCAUCCAUUGAUCUUUCUCAUCUCCUCGCGCUGUUCUUCGAUAAGAAAUCUUCGCAUCGAUACUUCCCUCAUAUCUUAUCCGGCGUUCUCAUGGUGGCGAGGACGUUUAGAUCAGCUCUGUCAUCUCGCUUUUACAACCCCUUUUCCACUCAGUUCGGGCCCACUAUCGUCGGGAGGUGAAGAGAGUGUCAUUGACGCUUUUGAAUAUGCCCCCAAGCUGAAAACGGUCACAAUGAGGGCUUGCGACCGCUUUCAUUUUUCUUUCCGUUUCCCGUGGACUCAGAUUGUUCACCUUAGCCUUUCCAUUUUUGAUGGGAACGAUAUCGGAACCCUUCGACAAUUGAAGAAUCUGAAUAGUCUCCAUAUUGCAUACGAAAUGAGCGGACUCGCAGUCCCUGCAGGCCAUAGACCUAUCCUUAUCUCGACCCUCACCUCAUUGACCCUCACGGACUUAUAUGUAAGGGCAGGUCCAUUACCUUGGCCUUGGCAUUCGCGACCCCGAAACGUUCAGAUUUUCUCCUUGCUUUCCAUUCCCAAUCUUACUUAUCUGAGACUUGUCUCCUACGGGGAAUUCAACAUGUUCCCCACUAUACCGGCCCUCAAUGCGAUUACAACGCUAAAACUCGAAUUCGGUGGUACCGCUAUGUCAAGUAUGUCAGCAGACAGUGAUAACGAAGACAUAUUGCCUGAACUAUUGACGUUGCUCAAAUCUGUUUCUGAUCUCCAGCACCUUAUUAUAUCGUCUUCCUCAACGACUCCAUCACCAUACGUUGUAUCCCCCCUCGUUUCAUUACUAGUGCGCAUGUCCCUGCCUCAUCUCCGGACGCUUGACCUCCGCGGAGCAGUGAUAACUUGUAACCACGCCAGAUUCGUUGAGAUGAUUAAGGAUCGCAGCAGACACCCAGAAAUGGAUCAGAUGGAGACAUUGUAUCUUCAUUCUCCCCUCACCCUCGGUGCCGUCCACGCUCGAAUGUUGCAGAAUCUGAUUGACGGAGGGUUGAAGGUCGUUUAUGGUGAGUGACGAUUAUGGAUACGAAAGGAACCUCUGCGCUUUGAACCCCCGGGAACAUAAACCGUCGCGUUCUCUUUAUGUACCCUUGGAUUUUAGUACCACAGGCUAUCGUGCUCGGUAUUUGCUCAGUCCUCCGAUUUCAU